AUUUAAUUUUCGGAAUAUUAAUACGUUUAUUUAUACUUUGAUUUACAAAUUCUUAAUUAUAAUAUAAUUUCUAAAAUACUAUAAAUUCUGUAGUAAAUCAUUAACCAUAAGUGAAUAAGAAAUUCUUAGAGAUGCAAACAAAUUCACAAAAAUUUGAAAACGUUAGAACUACAAUAUUAUCAUUAUUACUUGCAAGAAAAGGAGGAAGUACAUUAAGACAAUUAGAUAAUGAUUAUUGUGAAGUAGAAGGUGCAUGCAUACCAUGGAAAGAUUUUGGGUACGUGUCUUUGUUGAAUUUUUUACAAAGUAUGUCAAGGAAUAUUCAAAUAGAACGCAAAAACAAUACAAUCAUCCUGAAAGGUAUUGCAACCGAUAAAUCUAAACAUGUUAGUAAAUUAGUGGCUGGUCAAAAAAGUCAGACAAAUGUAGUCGGAAGAAAGUUGUUUAAACCAAAUCAUUAUUAUCCAAAGACAUCUCCCCCUAAAUUUCAUAUACCAGCUGACAUAUUACUAAGGAUAAUUGAUUUAAUUAAUGAUCAUCCAGCUGGUAUAAACAAAGAUCAUAUACUUCAAGCGGUACAAUCACUGAUGCCUUAUGCAAAUAUUCAGAUGCAAGACAUGGAAGAGCAGUUUAGAGAACUAUCGCAUAAGAUUUUUCUAACAAAUCAUAAGGUUUAUCCUAAGAAUUGUUUAAAAAAGACUAAUGAUAUGUCUUCUUCGAAUUGCAAGACAUACGAUGAACAAAAACAGACAUCACCAAUUGUGACUGUUGGUGGAGAGGAAGAUUCAGAUGAUUUGUUAGAUGGUCAUGAUGAUGAUGAAGAUGAUUUUAGAUUUACUCCGCAUUCAUAUAAUGAAUCGGCUACAAACAUUAAGCCUACAUCUAAUUUUAUAAAGGAGACUGUCUCUAAGUAUCAAAAUCAAAUUACAGAAUCUACAUCAAAUGUACAAUGUGAACAUAAUAAUUCGCAUUAUUUACAUGACCAUAAUCUUAAUAAUGCUGUUCAAUCUCAUAUAGAGUGUAAUAAUAAUGCUAUGGAAGAAAGAAGAAACAGUUUGGACGGUAAAAAUGGUGAAAUACUUAUAAAUGAUAGAAUCAAAUUUCGUUUAGAAAAACUUAUACAAAAUCGUCCGAAUGGAAUUUGGUGUGCUGAAUUACCAGAAGUGUAUUUAGAAGAAUAUAAAGUCUCUUUAAAUUACACAGAACUUGGUUUCAAUAGUGUUAGAGAAUUUGCAUCACAGUUACCCGAAAUUUUUCAUUGUGUACAACCUCAUGGUACAGGAGAUUUUAUGCUUUAUUAUGCUAAAAUGGAAAUACCUUCAGAUAAAAUUAAAGAAACAUACAAAACUAAUAUUCUUGCACAAUUACAUCAAAUUUAUGAACCAAGAGAACAAGAAGCACUUCCAGUAACAGUGUCACUUGAUAUAUGUAAGGAAUUAAUACCAGAUGAUACAAUGAAUAUUGGAGAAUGUGUGGGUUAUUUAAAUGUCUUAGAUUUAACACAAAAUGAGAAACUUUAUACAGAAGUGCUUGUAGUGGAAGUGUUUACACCAUCAUUUUUUUGGAUACAACUUCGUAGAAACCAAAGAACAUUUAAAAAAUUCAUGAAUGAGUUACAUAAUUUUUAUGUAAUGAAAGGGGAUCAGUAUGUAGUGCCACCCCUUGUGUUAGAGAAGGGUUUAAAUUGUGCAUGUACAUACAAUGGUAUAUGGCACAGAGGUAUAAUAAAGACAGUAAAACCUGAUUUACAAGUCACUGUGAUGUUUUAUGAUUAUGGUACAUUGAAAACAUGCCCUCCAGACACAAUACAUUAUUUACAUAGAAUGUUCUCUUAUCUGCCAGCACAAGCAAUUCCAUGUGGUUUAGUUAAUACAAGGCCAUAUAAGGCAGCUAAAUGGACUCGCAGCGCUACCCAUCAUUUUGCAAUGAGGACACAGAUGCCGUUAAUUGCAACAAUUGCCUCAGUAAAUACUGAGGACAAUUCUAUGAUGGUGACGUUAACCGACACCACAGAAGAAGAGGAUGUCCAUAUCAAUGACUGGUUAGUUGAACAAAAAUUAGCCGAACAUGGAAAAAUGGGGGACAAAGUUGAAAUGAGCAAUCUGUUGCUCUAUGUAGAGGAAAAUCUGAUAUUUUCACCGGAAAAAUGUUAUGAGAAUGAAACCAACAUAUUUGACGAAUCUAAUAAAGAAUCGACAAAAAAAUCAUUUGAUACACCUUUAAUAUUGCCACAAAGUACUUUAGAGGAUACAUAUUUUAAGUCUACACAAGAACCGAUGGUAUCUGAAAAAAAGGAACAUUUACCAAGUGUUGAUGAAGAAAAUAUACAACACGAAACAUCUCAAAAUAAUUCAGUACCUAUUGAUAAUACAAAUACUUCUACCCAAAAUUGCACUAACCCAUUUUUACAAGAUUCAUUUAUGUCUAAUGUGGCAGGACUGAGUCCUAAAAAAUUUAUGCAAUUAUGGAAUGAAAAUUUACGAUUACAACUGCAAAUAACUACCACACUUAAAAUGCUCUUUAGCACAGUAUUGAAUACUAGUGCGAAGAACGAAGGCGAGAAUAUAAAAAAAGAUGACAAUGUAAAUACGAAUAAUACAUUCUUACAUACUGUUAACGAUAUUUUAUCAACAAACUGUACAGACAUAAAUAUAUCAAAUACAGCUUCAUCAAAUGUAAAUACCCAUAAUGAAAACAUAAAUGCAAAUAUUUAUUCAAACUCUUGUCAGAAUACUAAUAUUCAGAAUGGAACCAACAGUACUAAUAAAGAAGUGACAAAGAAACUAAGACCUCCGCCGGGAUAUGAGAAACAUAAAACCAAAUUCAUGUUUAACGAAGAUUAUGUUGCAAGUGAUAUGAAUACUAAUCUAACUACUUCAGAUAAUACAGUUUUGAGAGAAACUAAUCCUUUUAAACUUAGUUUAGCAGGGAAAAUGAAAAUACCAGAUUCUGAAGAAGACAACAAUCGUAAUGAUUCUGUUUCUUUGUCAUCUAUGUUAUAUGAAAAUCAGAAAUUGAUUUCUGACUAUGACUCGAUUAUACAACAUUUUGUUCAAAAAAGCAACUCCAAUAUAAAAACUUCGACUCAACGAAUGCCAGAGAAUGUAGGCAAACAUGAAUUAUUUAACUCUUCCCAGCUUUAUUUGAAUAAUACUGCAAACGACACGAAUAAUAUUAAAAAUGAAUCAUUUGUAUCAAAUGCGAAAUCUCUUCCAUCGGAUUAUAAUUGGAAUAUACAAGUAGAUAAUGUUACUAACGCAAUGUCCGGAAUGGUUAUCAAUAAUCAAAGUAUGCAACAUGCUGCUCAGAAAGCAAAAGAAAUAGAAAAUCAUACUGGACAAUAUUUACAGUCGUUUUGUAAACCUGAAAGACAAGAAUGUGUUAUACAAGGAAAAGAGAAUCUUGGUUUAGAAUCUCGAUUGUUAUCUUUAAGAGAAACUCAAAUUAAGAAGGCUACUACGAAUUAUAAUUUGAAUGAGCCUAGAUUUUCUACUAAAAUACCAACUAAUAACUUAGGCUCCACCUCUAUGGGAACAAAUAAUACGAAUUUUGACGAAGGAUAUUUCACUCGUCCGUCUACCUCUCACACUGUAUAUACUUCAUCUCCUCGGUUACAAAUACAUAAUAAAACAGAAUGUUCCCAGCAGUUACUUAACGAAAAUGCAAAUAAAACUGCGGACAUGUGGGUUCAAUCGUUUCAAAACACUGCCCAAUUAAAGAAUUGGAAUAAGAUGGCCUUUCUACCUGAAAAAAGUGAGCAAACAAUGAUCUAUCCUAAAAAUCAAUUGAAUCAUAGUAUGAAAAAUUCAGAUACAAGAGGUGCCGCAGAAUCUCUGGUUAAUAUUGAUUGCACAAACGCACAAAGUUCAUCUUCAAAAGGAAAUCAAUUAAAAAAUACUGUAAACUAUAUGUCAGAUUAUGUAAUAUAUUUUCAAGUGUUUGAAUUAUCUACCAAUCUAGUGCAUAUACUUCAUUACCAAGGAGAAGGUUGGUUACUAACAGACGAAUUUGUUAAAACGUUCACUAAACUUGAGUCAACUUCGUAUGCUGUAAUUUUUUUAUAUACACACAAUAUACAUGUGCAGUAUAAACAAAUUGAGAGAACUAAUGCUUUACAAAGGUUUAUAUAUGUUGGCAGAAUUUUAUCGCAGACAACACAGGAAAGGAUAUAUAAUAAAACUAAUAUUCAUUUGAUACAAUUAAAAUCAGCGAUAGACAUAUUAAACAAACUUAAAAUUAUUUCGAUAAAAGAUACUCGUAACGUUUUAGCAAGUGAUUCUGUUUUUCAGGACAUUUGGUUGAUUAACAAUGCUUACACGCAUCUCAAGUAUUGCAUUGAAAAUGCAAAAUAUGUAUGAAAUAGAGCGCAUAUGUUCCUUGAUACUGUUUAAUUGACAGUUGUUAUUACAACUAAUUCACGAUAUUUUUAUAAUAGAAACUAUUUAUGUCUAUAUAUUUUGUUAACGAGAAGAAAACGAUUAUUUUAGUUAACCUUAUUAUAUGUUUAAGUAUUACAUAUGUAAACAUGAAGUAUUAUUAUAUUUUACAUUACCUACUUUAUAUAUUUAGAGAAAGCGAACGUAAAGUGAUAUUUUUAUUUUUGAUAACUUAUAAAAUACCACCCGGUUUUACAAAUCAAUUAAGUACUUACAUUUUUGUUAACGAAACGACAAGAUACUGUAUUUGUAAAAUUGUAACCUGACAAGUACAUGACUUGUAUUAAUUUCAAUUAAAAAUUACAAAAAUUUAUUUUGCAUACUUAAUCUACACCACUCCAAGCCGCCACCACCACUUAUUAAAAUAAUGUUAGAAACA